ACGGCGCAGGCGACGCGGCACGCGAGACGGAUUUAUGUCGGUGGAAUCCCGCUCACGACGAACGAGGCGGACGUGAACGCGUUCUUUAACAACGCGUUGCUCGCCGUCGGUGGCACGAACGGGGCGGAGGGACAACCGGUGGUGAACGUGUACAUCAACGUGGAGAAAAAGUUCGCGUUCGUUGAGUUUCGUAGCGUGGAGGAGGCGUCAAACGCGCUCGCGUUGGACGGAAUCGUUCUGGACGGCGUCCCGGUUCGCAUUCGCAGACCGAAUGAUUACAACCCGUCGCUCGCACAUGAUUUAGGGCCGUCGAUGCCCAACCCGGCGUUGAAUCUCGCGGCGAUCGGAUUGGAUCCUUCGGCUUUGCAACGCGCGGGCGUGGGUGGGAACCUUUUGCAUGAACACGAGGAUCGCAUCUUCAUCGGUGGUUUGCCGUACUUUUUAGACGAAGCCCAGAUCCGGGAGUUGCUCGAAGCGUUCGGGCCGAUUCGUCAAUUUGAUUUAGUGCGCGACAAGGAGACUGGAAAUAGUAAAGGAUACGGCUUCGUCGUUUACGAAGACGUCUCCGUCACGGACAUCGCGUGUCAAGGGUUGAACGGCAUGACGAUGGGCGAUAAAACGCUCACCGUGCGCCGCGCCGAGCAAAGUAACGCUCCCGGCGGCGUGCAACCUGGGAUGAUGAACGUGCCACCACCGCCGCCCGCGAUCGCGGCGCCUCCCACAAACCCACCGUCAACUGUGGUUUCCUUUGACAACAUGGGCCUCACGGAAGAAGAAUUGGCUGACGACGAAGAGUACGAAAACAUCAUGGAGGACAUGCAAGAGGAAUGUGGAAAGCACGGAGAGAUUGUCUCCGUGGUCAUUCCUAGACCG